AUGCUGAAGUACACAGUGAAAAAAUAUUGCUCGGAGGGGAGCAAAGUUAAUCAAAUCCUGAUGGUUUUCCUGAUGGUCCUCCCGGUCUUCUCCUACGGCAUGGCGAUCGGCUGGCUCUCGCCGAUGGGCCCGAAGCUAAUGUCAGAGGAGACCCCGGCCGCAAAGCCAGUCCAUCCGGACAUUAUAUCCUGGAUGGCGUCCGUCCCGUACUUAGUUGGCACGGCCGCCGUUUUCAUCUACGGAUUCAUUGUCGACAAUUUCGGAAGGAAGAAAGCUCUUAUGCUGACGUCAUUAUGCAUGGCGGCGUGUUGGUCGUUGAAAAUCUACUCGACGUCGACCUGGGCGCUGAUCUUGGCGCGGGCGAUUGUGGGCUUCGGCGUGGGCGGCUCCUACGUGGUCACGCCGCUGUACAUAAAGGAGAACCUGGGCAACCUGAUGGUGUACAUCGCCGGGGAGUACCUCUGCUACACCACGACGCUGUGGAUCUGCCUCGCGGUACCCUUGCUGCAUCUGCUGAUCUUCAUCACCAUGCCCGAGACGCCGUCCUAUCUCCUGAAGUGUGGGAAGGUGGAGGAGGCCAGAGGCGCGCUAGCUUGGCUACGAUGCCGUCAGCUUACAGACACAGCCGUGGAUGGCGAACUGCAAACCUUGCUGCUGGAAAUGGAACAGAACAGUUCCAUACGGUUCUUCGAGGUUCUGAAGGUUUUAAUAUCCGACCGGAGCACGUUCCGCGCGUUUCGCAUCACGUUGACGAUAACCCUCGCCCGGGAGCUGUGCGGCUGCCUGGCGGUGCUGCACUUCGCGUCUUUGAUCUUCGACGAGGCCAACGGCGGGUGGGUGCUGAGCGCGAACCAGCAGGCGGCGCUGCUGGGCGUGGUGCAGCUCAUCGGCUCCUGCACCGCCUCCAGCCUCGUCGAGAGGACCGGCCGGAAGCCGUUGCUGGGCGUCACUUGCCUGGUCUCGGGGCUGUCCCUGUCGGCGCUGAGCGCCUGGUUCUGGCUGAGGGGCGGCGGGGCGGCCUUGCCCGUGGCGGCGCUCUGCCUCUGCAUCUACUGCGACGCCGCGGGCCUACAGCCGGUGCCGUUUGUGAUGAUGACGGAGAUGUUCUCAUUCCAGUUCCGCGGCACGGUGACGUCGAUCGUGAUCGCUUUCGCGUGCGCCCUGGUCUCCGCCGAGCUGAGGGCGUUCCAGCCACUGGCUGCGAGCCUCGGUCUGCACGCGGUCUUCGCGAUAUUCGCCGCGGUCUGCCUCGUCAGCACGGUCUACAUCGCUUGCUGCGUGCCCGAGACGCGGAUGCGCACCAUAGAGGAGAUAUACGCGGAGCUACGCGGCAAAAAGCCCGACGGCGCCAUAGACAACGCGUCUAAGGACUGCGAGCGCGCGGUGACCCGGCUG